UUAUCUUUUCCUGUGGUGUCCUUGUCUGGUUUUGGUCUCAUUGUAAUACUGGCCUUGUUAUGGAGGCAUUUAGAAUUCUUCGAAAGGUUCCCUGGACCAGAAGGCCCUCCACUGACCACAUCUUUCCAAAGGCCAUAUGUUUAGCUGGGAACUCAGAGCCAGAGCCCUACCUUUGGCCCAGACAAGGGCUUGAGUUUUGGCAGUAUAUGUAGGAUCUAGGAAGGCCCCAGGGAGAGUUCUUGUCUACUCGAGGCUGUGGGAGGCUGGCAGAACAUGGGCCUCACCUCCUCUGGGGCCAGUGGCUCCCCUCCUGGACCUGUGUCCUGCAUGCCCUGUGCAGCAAGCAGUCUUGCGGGCUCACUGAGCAUGUUCUGUGCUUGCCCAGGAACAGGCCGGGCUCUUGCCAUGGGGCACUGCCGCCUCUGCCAUGGGAAGUUCUCUGCGCGGAGUCUCCGCAGCAUCUCUGGCCGGGCGCCUGGGCGGAGCUCAGAGGAACCACCCCCAGGGGACCAUGUGUUCGUCAGGGACUUUCAGCACCUGCUGGGCGUGGCCAUCCACCAGGACCCAGCUUUGUCUCAGUUUGUCUGCAAGAACUGCCACACCCAGUUCUACCAGUGCCACGGCCUCCUCAAGUCCUUCCUGCAGAGAGUCAACGUGUCCCCGAUGGGACCCCGGAAGCCCUGCACACAGGGGGGUGCCCAGUCCCGGACAGAGGCUGAGGAGGGAGCGUGUCUGGUGGACCUGAUUACUUCAAGCCCCGAAGGUCUGCGCGGCUUGGUGGGGUGGGUGCACGGACACGCAGGCAGCUGCGGGGCCCUGCCCAGCCUCCAGAGGACACUGUCCUCCGAGUACUGCGGUGUCAUCCAGGCCGUGUGGGGCUGUGACCAAGGCCACAACUACACCAUGGACGCCAACUCCAGCUGCGGGGCUCUCUUGCUGGACAGUGCGUUGGCAGUCAAGUGGACGUGGGACAAGGAGACGGCCCCACGGCUCACCCAGCUGCAGAGGUCCAACCCCCCUGGGGCUGCCCCUGCGAGCUCCCAGGGCAGAGCGACUGCAGCCGGGGCCGAGAUGGAGACACUGCCCAGCGCAGACGUGGCCCAGCCCCUGUCGGACGGCAGCCCUCUGGGGCCUGGGCCGAGUCCCUUGCCUCAGCCAAGCCUGCCCCCGAGUGGGGCUCCAGGGCAGUUGGGGGAGAAGCAGUUUCCUUCUUCAGCCUCGGAUGAUCGGGUAAAAGACGAGUUCAGUGACCUUUCUGAGGGGGACUUCCUGAGCGAAGAUGACAAUGACAAGAAGCAGAAUACCCAGUCGUCAGAUGAUUCCUUUGAGCCUUACCCAGAGAAGAAGGUCUCUGGUAAGAAGAAUGGAAACAAAGACGCCAAGAAGCCUGAAGAACCAAAAAUCCGAAAGAAGCCUGGGCCAAAGCCAGGCUGGAAGAACAAGCUCCGCUGUGAAAGAGAGGAGCUGCCCACCAUCUACAAAUGCCCCUACCAGGGCUGCACAGCCGUGUACCGAGGGGCUGAUGGCAUGAAGGUGCUCAGGGCCUUGCUGUCCCCGCAGAAGCACAUAAAGGAGCACCACGAGGAGGUCCGUGAAAGGCCCUGUCCCCACCCCGGCUGCAACAAGGUGUUCAUGAUCGACCGCUACCUGCAGCGGCAUGUGAAGCUCAUCCACACAGAGGUGCGGAACUACAUCUGUGACGAGUGUGGACAGACCUUCAAGCAGCGGAAGCACCUCCUCGUCCACCAGAUGCGGCACUCGGGAGCCAAGCCUCUGCAGUGUGAAGUCUGUGGGUUCCAGUGCCGGCAGCGGGCAUCCCUCAAGUACCACAUGACCAAACACAAGGCCGAGACCGAGCUGGACUUCGCCUGUGACCAGUGUGGCCGGCGGUUUGAAAAGGCUCACAACCUAAAUGUGCACAUGUCCAUGGUCCACCCAUUGACACAGACCCAGGACAAGGCCCUGCCCCUGGAGCCACCACCUGGGACCACGGAGGGUCAGGCUGUGAAGCCAGAGCCUACCUGAAGGUGUACCAGCAUCUGAACUCGCCAGGUGGUAGAUGAGGCUGAAGGACGAUUUUCAUAGUUCUUCCCAUGAGACCCGAUGGCACAGCUUUGCUCCCUCUUGAGAGCCC